UUAGUCUUUAGAUCUCUGCUGAAGAGAGCUGUUAUAUUUGUGCCUGCAAGAGUUGGAAAUAACAGUUAAGAAGCUGACAGGAGUUGAAUGGAUUUACAGAAGUUUUUUUCAAGUAAAUUCAGGGAAACAUAUGAAUUAGAUUAGUACAUGCUUAAGAAUUAGUUUACAUUAAGGUGAUUCAAAAGAUGUUAAAAUUAUCACCAGGCUGCUGGAAAAAUAUAAAUUAUACUACCGAAAUAGAGAUCAAGACAAAUCUGUGACUCAGGACUUUAUCUUGGAAAGAGGGCAAGGUGUGAGAAGAACUCAGAAUAACAAGUGAAGAUAACUCUGGGAACUACAGUGUAUCAGAAGAUCAUCUCUUACUAACACAACCCUGAACUAAAGACCUGGUUAUCUAAGGUUUUUAUAGGAAUGCCUAGGUCAGCUGACAAAAUACUGGUCUUCUGCUCCAUAAAUGCAGAAAAAGCGAUAACAACAGUGGAAAAUUGGAAGUCUGAAUUUCAGCUUUCCUAGAAAUAACUGCAACCUGACACAUUCCAUAAUAUUUAAACAGAGGGCGGGGGAGAAUCACCAAAGAUGUUAUGUUUAGAGAUGACAUUGACAUGAAGAAUAGGUAAAUUUUGUUUUUCUGCCACUGGGAAAGCAGACCUCAUAGGAGCUCAGAAUAAGCAGAAGUAUUUUUGUUCUUUUUUCUUUUCAAAGAUGAACCUAACGACACUCAGAGCUUUCCUGGGCUUGCUCUGGAAUUGCUGGGUUCUGGUGGGUCAUGCACAGGGGGGCUUAGGAGACAAUCAUGUCCAUUCAAGUUUUAUUUACAGGAGGCUCCGGAACCAUGAGAGAAGAGAGAUCCAGAGAGAGAUUCUCUCUAUCUUGGGUUUACCUCACAGACCCAGACCAUUUUCACCUGGAAAGCAGGCUUCUUCUGCACCCCUCUUCAUGCUGGACCUGUACAAUGCCAUGACAAAUGAAGAGGAUACUGAUGAACUGGAGUAUUCACUGAGGGAAUCAAUGGGAGGAGUGACCAGAGGGGUAAGAAAAGGAUAUUCUACAUCUCCAAAUGCAUACUCCCGGAGAAUACAAUUAUCUCGCAUGACCCCCUUGACCACACAGAGUCCUCCCUUAGCCAGCCUGCGUGAUACCAACUUUCUGAAUGAUGCCGACAUGGUCAUGAGCUUUGUCAAUUUAGUUGAAAGAGACAAAGACUUUUCUCAUCAAAGAAGGCACUACAAAGAGUUUCGAUUUGACUUGACUCAAAUCCCACAUGGAGAAGCAGUGACAGCAGCUGAGUUCCGGAUUUACAAGGACCGAAGCUACAAUCGGUUUGAGAAUGAAACCAUUAAGAUUAGCAUAUAUCAGAUCAUCAAAGAAUACCCAAACAGGGAUGCAGAACUGUUCCUGCUGGACACAAGGAAAACUCAAGCUUUUAAUGUGGGUUGGCUUGUGUUUGAUAUCACUGUGACCAGCAAUCAUUGGGUGAUUAAUCCACAGAACAAUUUAGGCUUGCAACUCUGUGUUGAAACUGGAGAUGGUCGCAGUAUAAAUGUUAAAUCAGCUGGCCUUAUAGGAAGACACGGGCCUCAAUCAAAGCAGCCUUUCAUGGUUGCAUUCUUCAAGGCAAGUGAAGUGCUUUUUCGAUCUGUCCGAGCAGCUAACAAUAAAAGGAAAAAUCAGAACCGCAACAAAUCCAGUAGCCACCAGGAUUCUUCCAGGAUGCCCAGUGUUGCAGAUUAUAACACAAGUGAACAAAAGCAAGCCUGUAAAAAACAUGAACUUUAUGUGAGUUUUCGUGACUUGGGAUGGCAGGAUUGGAUAAUCGCACCAGAAGGCUAUGCUGCAUUCUACUGUGAUGGAGAAUGCUCCUUUCCUCUCAAUGCCCAUAUGAAUGCUACCAACCAUGCCAUAGUUCAAACACUGGUUCAUUUGAUGUUCCCUGAUCAUGUACCUAAGCCAUGCUGUGCACCUACAAAACUGAAUGCAAUCUCAGUGCUCUACUUUGAUGACAGUUCUAAUGUUAUUUUGAAAAAAUACAGAAAUAUGGUGGUACGUUCAUGUGGCUGCCACUAGCAUAAAAAAAGAAAAAUUAAAAAAAAAUUCUAACCCAGUGCUUAUUCAAAAUUGUAAUCAAGUCAAAAUAUGAUUCUUGCUAGUAAAAAAGCAUCCCUAAACUUAUUCCAUUUCUUGUCAUCUCUCAUUUAAUGUACAGAAAUGUAUAUAGUAUCUUUUAUUUAUUUACAGGUAUAUAGUUUCUUUUGUAUGGGUGAAAUUUCAAAACAGUUUAUUUUAUGGGUCAUUUUACUAUGUUGGAAAACCUCCAAAGCUGUUUUCAAUUGAUCACAGAGAGGCCUUUUUCAGUCCAUUUCAACAUUUUAAAGUAUGGCUUUUUGUAUAGUUUUUUUUAAAGUUAGAAAGUCCAGAACUCCUGUGACUGUUUUAUAUUGUUAAAGGAAAUUGGAUACAUUUGGUUAUGUUGCGCAAAUGAAAUAUAUACUUGGAUAUUUAUUUAGAAAAGGUACUAAAAAAAUUGAAGAAAAAACACUUGGCUAAACAUAAUUUUUCUUUUAGAAGUUCCACUUUAUUAGACAAAUUGAAAUGUUGAACAGUGUUUAAGUAAGCAAACAGUACAUAGAAUGUAAAAGCUGAAAGACUGCACAUGAUUGUUUUAGCUAUUUUCUUUAACAGAAUCCAUUUAACUGGAGGAAACAUAUUACAUCUUGGCUUGUGGGAUUUUGCAACAGGCUCAAAUCUUCAGGAAUUCUGUGGAGAUGGGCUUUAGUCUGUGCCUGCAGCUUUCUGAGUUAACACUAAAAAUGUGUAGUACAAUCUUCUUUCCUCAAAUAGCUUAUGUCAGUCUAUUAUCUAUAACACUAUUGGAACAGAUUUUUGUUGUGUUUAAUAACAACAAAACAAACAAACCAAUCUCUACAUUCACCUGAGUCCCCUUUCCAUAUGGGCAAUAAUGAAUAUAUGUGUGCAACGUGUAAAAGAAUAAAAUCUGGACAGAAUUUGUUUUCCUUAACUUUCUUUUCUUGCUGGUCUUGAUAAUUUGUGCACAGUAAGGUAUUUAGGAACAUAGGAGUUACCAUACCUGGUCAGACUUGUGAUUGGACUUGUGCAGUAACCUAUCUCUGACAGUGACCAGCAGCAGUUGUUCUGAUAAUCUCUUCAUACUAUAGGUCUUCUCCUAAUCUCUAAUCUCUUCCAAAACUUGAUUGUAUUUACUAUUAUACUCUGGAUAUUCUUGUUACCAUAUAAAUGUCCAUUACGUUUUGUUGUCUUGCUAAGUUGUUUGCUCAAUUACAUUCUCUGGCAGUAAGUUCUAAGUUCUAUUUGCAAUUUAUAUUUCCAUUUAUUAGUUUUGAAUUUACCAUUUUAAUUUAAUUGAAUAUCCCAAUGUUCAUAUGGGAGAACAGAAUCUCCUAGUUUACCAUCUCAGCAACCAGCCAUUAUUUUAUAUAGUUUUGUUUUGGAAUUGCUUCAGUAGAAAUAUAGCUAGAUUUGAGUGUUAAUGAAAAUGAAUAGAACACACUCAUUUCUCAUGCCUUACAUAAUCUCUUCAUUUAAAUCCUGAUUUCUAUGUUUAUUUAAUGCACAUUCCACAAAGCACAGUCUGUGCAGAUUAAUAUAAUCAGGUGUGUGUGCGUGUGCGUGUGUGCGUGUGUGUGUGCGCGCACGUGCGCGUGUGCGUGUGUGUGUUUUGCAGAAACUAAUUUAUUUUAUCUCACUGUUGGAUUUGCAUCUUAGAUUGUUAAACAUACACUUAAUCUUUUGAAGAGUUUAACACUUUUUUCAGUCAUAGCAUUUUCUCCAAACAUUACAUUGCAAUUACUAUUUUAUACUUUAUAUACCUCCAUAACUAUAUUGAAUUGCAGUUCAUGUACAGUAAGGUAUAUUAAUACAUUUUCUUAAAUGAAUUGCUAUUUGAGGAUCACUUAGAUAACUGACAUUAAACUUCAGGGAGGAUACUUUCAGAAAAGUGAUGGAUUUGUUAAUAAAGCAGGUAGAUGGUUAUGAUGUUUGGAAUUCAAUUUAUUCUAAAUAAAAUUUAAUGGAAACUGAAUUUGGUGUACAUUAAGUAAUAUAUUUUUGAUGUACUAUUUUGAGAAUAAGAAACUGAAAAUUAUAUUCUUUAAAAUGUGCUGUUGGACUAUGUUGCUAUAUUUUAAGAUCUCAUAAAUAAACUCAUAAUACUAAUUUG